UCGGAAGUGUCCUCGAGUAGCUACAUUUGUUGUGCAGAAAACUACAGUUAAUUGACGCUUUGUGGACAUAUUCUAAUUUUAACACAUAUAAACAACAAAAAGUACAUAUAUUUAGCAGCUGGUGAAGCAGUCAGGUCAUGAUGACCACCCUCGUCCAUGACACCACUGAGGCGGUGUGUCUGUGUCAGGAGUACAACCUGUUCCUGAAACCCAUCGCCAAGAUGACGUUGAGUGUGGCACUGCCCCAGCUGAAGCUGCCUGGGAAGAGCAUCUCUAACUGGGAGGUGAUGGAGAGGGUGAAGGCCAUGGUGGCUCCUGAACAGUUCUCUGCCCUCAGGAUCUCUAAGAGCACCAUGGACUUUAUCCGCUUCGAGGGCGAGGUGGAAAACAGAGGGGUGGUGAAGAUCCUACUGGCCAAACUGGAUGGCAAGAGCAUCAAACUCAGCGGCUUCACUGACAUACUCAAGGUGCGUGCAGUGGAGAAUAAGAUGGACUUCCCGACACGUUAUGACUGGGACUCGUUCUUCCGUGACGCCAAGGACAUGAACGAUACGGUUCCAGGGGAGAGGCCAGACACCAUCCGCUUGGAGGGCCUGCCCUGUCGCUGGUUUACCCUGCCUGACGGUCCCCCUGAUCGGCCCUCCGAGAUGGCCCUGCAGACCAUCUUCCGGGGCUUUGGUCAGGUGCGUCAUGUAGACAUCCCCAUGUUGGACCCGUACAGAGAGGAUACUCUUGAUAAGAACUUCAACACCUUCACCUUCGGCGGCCAUCUUAACUUUGAGGCGUACGUCCAGUACCAGGAGUACGAUGGCUUCGCCAAGGCCAUGGACACACUGAGAGGCAUGAAGCUCAUGUACAAAGGAGAGGACGGCAAGGCUGUGGCCUGCAACAUCAAGGUGACCUUUGACACCAGUAAGCACCUGAGUGACGUGGCUCUGAAGAGACGGCAGCAGGAACGACUGAGAAUACUGGAGUUGGAGAGACAGAGGGAGGAGCUGAAACGCAAGGAGAAGGAGGAAGAGGAGAGACAGAAGGAGGAGGAGAGGAAACAGAAGGAGGCGGAGGAGGAGGAAAAGGAACGGAGGAGGGAGGAGAGGAUACGGAAACGAGAGCAGAAGCUGAGAGACCGGGAGGAGAGGAGAAACCUAAAGAAGGUGAAGAGGAGACAGGAGGAGGAGCAGAAGAAGUUGCAGAUGAAGAUUGCGACGGAGGAGAGAAGGCUGUUGUUGGCUCAGAGGAACUUGGAGUCUAUACGCCUUAUCGCUGAACUACUGGGCAGGGCCAAGGCUCUGAAACAGCAACAGCAGGAUAAGGAGAGAGUGGAGAGAGAGGAGCGAGAGAAAGAGGAGUUAGCCCGGCUGGAGCAGCUUGAGGCCUGCAGGCGGGAGCAGGAGGCGGAGUUGAGACGUGUGGAGUUAGAGAAAGGGCGUGCCUUGGAUCUGCAGCGCAGAGAGAGGGAGCUGAGGGAGAGACUGGUUGGUAACCUGCUGAAGAAGGCUGGAGGAGAGGGAGAAAACCAGACCUCCACCCAGCCCUCAGCCCUGACCAUGCACAAGGGAGACAGCUCCGACCUGAGUAAGAUAGGCAGGGCCCUGGGGGUGAACGGGGUGAGACCGAGGGGAGAGGAGAGACCCAGAGCUAUGGUACGAUCACACGUCACUGAGAAACAGAUAGGAGAGAGGGAGGAGAGGCGAGGAGGCAUGGAGGAGAGGCGAGGAGGCAUGGAGGAGAGGAGAGGUAAUGAAUGUAGAAGCAGAGAGGCGAGGGAGAAACCUAGAGAAAGGGAGAGGAGUCGGUCCCAUAGCCAGUGUAGGAGGAGGUACAGCCGGAGACGAAGAAGCUCCAGCAGAAAGAGGAGUGAUAGUCGAAGGAGGAGGAGAAGUCAUAGUUCUAAGAGGAGAAGCGAAAGCAGACGGAGAAGUCGCAUUUCUAAGAGGAGAAGCGAUAGCAGACGGAGGAGUGGUAGUCGUAGCCACAGGAGAGACAGUCACCAUGGACGGGGCCGCAGCAGCAGGAGCACCAGCCAUGAUUGGAGCAGAAGCUCUAGUGAGAGGAGCCACAGCAGAGGCAGGAGGGGCCAAAGACAUAGUCGACAUAAAGACAGCAGGAGCAGAUCUAGUAGCAGCAGCUCUAGGAGUAGAGAGAAGAGGGAGAAGGACAGGAGUACAGAGAGGAGUAAAGACAGGGACUCCAGGAAGCGUAGUAGGAGUCGUUCUCAUUCCAGACGACACUAAACGCAGCCAGAGGAGACAGAAGAGGACCCUAUGCCUGGGUCUAGUUUAAGUGAUGCAUGGUCAGGCAUUCUAGUAUGCUACUGUCUCUGGGCCAUAUCAGCUUCUUACACACACACCUCUUUCUCUCGCUCUCUCUCUCUCCCCCCAGUGCUCUUUGUUCAUCUCUAGUUGGUUUAUUUACUGAAUUUAAAAAAUGCUAUACUGCUAUUAUGUUCUGUUUGACACAUGUAGAUUCCAUAUGUACUGUAGAUUGAUCACGCGGUUAGUAUGUGUCUCCUGUGUAGAAAGACAUAGAGGAAGGACACAGAAAAAAUACUUGAUCUUUCUGGGUCACAGMGAAUGGCCUGGUUUGUGUUUCAG